CAGUAGUAAUAAUAAUAAUAAUAGUGAAGAGAAUGAUGCUAAUAAUAAUAAUAUUGCCAGUGAUUCUAUUCAAAGAAAAUCACCUACUUUACUCUGGCAACAUAAUUCUCAGAAUAAAGAGAGGAACAUUGAAUCUUUAUCAAAAAAAUCAGUAAGUAUAAAUAAUAUUAACAAUAAUAGUAAUAAUAGUUUUAUUAAUAAAUUUUACUUUAUCUAUAGACCUCACUGUUGCCAUUAUCAUCUUCUCCAACUACUUGAAAAAAACGAAAAAGAGUAUAUUCAAGGAAUUGCCCAAUACACUCCUAGUGAAUCUUAUAAACAAGUGUCUAUAUAUAUUAAUGAAGGCCCUAUUUAUAUUAACGAAAAUGAAGCUAAAGUUAGUAAAUUAUCAACUCAAACAGAAGGUGGCAGUAAAACUAUGUGUCCUAGAUAG